CUGACUUCUGCGAUGACGUUGCCCAGUACCUCGACCAACUUCUCCAUCGCUCUGCCCCCCACGCCAGCCUCCCGCCCCCAGCGCAAAAGGGGGGGCUGAACCGCUUCCGUGCCGCCGUCCACAACACCCAGGAUCUCCUCUCCCUGAUGUCGAAGGCGAAGGAGCUGCAAGUGGAGAACGUCAGCCUGUACAUCCCUUCCAAGCUUCUGCCGGAUGAUAAGCCCUCUGCUCACUUGCUGGGUUCUGCCCCACACCAGCAGGCCCAGCUGCCCGCCGUCCCUGGCAGGAGGAGCCUCCCCAAGGGUGCAAACGGGAAGGUGGACUGCCGAACCUUGGUGAACCAGCUCCGUGAAUGCCAGACGCUGCAGGAGCAGGCCAGCUGCCUCCAUCUCCUCCACACCCUCAAGGGUCCCGACUGGGACACGGAGAUCCAUGGCACCAGUGGGGCCACCGUCAAGAGCCUCCUGGCAGAGCUCUACGGCAAAGCUGGGGCGACUCGCCAAUGGGCCCUGAUCCGCUACAUCUCUGGCAUCCUGAAGAAGAAGGUGGAGGCCCUGGACGAGGCCUGCACAGACCUCCUGUCCCACCAGAAGCACCUGACCGUGGGGCUGCCCCCAGAGCCUCGAGAGAAGACCAUCUCUGCCCCCCUGCCCUACGAGGAGCUGACCCAGCUGAUGGACGAGGCCUGCGAGAAGAACAUGAACCUCUUUAUCCUGACACAGGAGAUCAUGGUCUACCUCGCCAUGUACAUCCGGACGCAGCCGGCCCUCUUUGCGGAGAUGUUCCGCCUGCGCAUUGGCCUGAUCAUUCAAGUGAUGGCGAUGGAGCUGGCCCAGUCGCUCUGCUGCUCGAGCGAAGAAGCCUCCGAAAGUCUCAUGAGCCUCAGCCCUUCCCAUAUGAAGAACCUCCUCCACCACAUCCUCAGCGGCAAAGAAUUCGGUGUGGAGAGAAGCGUGCGGUCUACGGAUUCCACCCUGACCCCAUCCGUUUCCAUCCGGGAGUUCGGGGCUGUGGGAGCAACGAAGUCGGAACGCACUGGCAUCGUCAAGCUCAAGAGUGAGAUCAAACAGUUGUCCGGAUCCUCCCUGGCUCCAGGCAGAAGAUAUCCCGCUGAGGCCCCCAUGGAUUCCUCCACCAAGGAUGGUCGCCAAGGGCAGUGGCUGCGGCGCCGGCGGCUGGACGGGGCCCUCAACAGAGUCCCGGUGGGAUUCUACCAGAAGGUCUGGAGGAUCCUGCAGAAGUGCCACGGGCUCUCCGUCGAAGGCUUUGUUCUCCCUUCUUCCACAACCAGAGAGAUGACUCCCGGAGAAAUCAAGUUUGCAGUCCACGUGGAGUCCGUGCUGAACCGAGUCCCUCAGCCUGAGUACCGGCAGCUCUUCGUAGAAGCCAUCCUGGUCCUGACGCUGUUGACGGAUGUGGAGGGUCCCAGCCUGGGGGGCCUGGUAGCGGUGGACAGGAUCGUGCAUGUCGCCAACGAUUUGUUCUACCAGGAGCAG